GGAUGUUCAUUUCACAGAAUAGUUUUUUGAACCACACACACAUGAAACAACAACGGCAUAAAAACACAUUUUUCGAAGACUGCUUGGUUUUGUUUAUUUUUAAAAAGUAAGGAUGGCUUCUCUCAAUGCCGAUGACGAUGAAAUAAUUGAAGAGAUACCGGUGUUUUUGUCCAAGAAUCUACAAGACAAUUUGUUUCUCUUCCAAUAUCCUACGAAAACUCAAGUCUCCAACUUUGAAAAUGCCGCCGUGGUCAAUUGCUGUGUGAAACCGAUUAACAAGGAAGUCAAAGUUGACUUUGCUCUGGAUACCGAAUCAAUAUUCUAUGAUCGUUUUAAGGGAGAACAAAUGGCACUGGCUGCCGAUGGUAAGACACAAGCCAAGGGGGAGAGGCCCACAUUUAAGCGAGGCAUUAUGGAUAAACAGGCCUUUGUGAGCUCAACAUCACUGGAUGAUGUUAGCAAGUAUAUUGUUGGAAUAUAUGCCGAUAAGGAAAUUCAUUUCUCGCCUUUGACUUCAAUUCUACAACUGAGACCAUCAUUUUCAUAUUUCGACAAGGAAGAUAAACGCAACAAGGCAGAGCAAAAGGCACUCAACGAAGAGGACGAUGAUGAGGAAUUGCAACAGGUUACAGUGAAAUUUGCCCGGGCAGGAACCAAAAAGGUAAAAGAACGUCAGGGAUACGAUACUUUCCUGAAGAAAAGCGUGGAUGAGCCAUGGUGUGAAACAUAUUGGCAUUCGAGGACCUCGCCAACGGCGGAGUUGGAGCGUCAGAAAUUAUUUGCAACAAAUCGUCAGAGCAGUCAGUCGUUGGGUUUGGAAACUCCAAAAUAUGUUGAAAAACUUUUACCGGCUGCUGGACAGGAUCAAGGUAUCGAUGCCGUUUUGCCGGCACGUGUUAUAUCAAAAGCCAAAUUGAAGUCAAUGCCGCUAAUAGACCAGCUAAAGGUUAUACUGAAGGAUGCCAAAAUGUUAGCAUUCGACGAUAUAAUGUCUAUAUUAUUGGAGGGUGUAGAUCCCACCAUGACGGUGGAAAAGCUUUUGAGAAAUUUGCCCCAGGUGGGCAUUUUAAUACAUGGCAACUGGGUGCCACAAUCGGAAAUUCUAUAUCCCACUGAAAUGUUGUCAAAUGCCAAUGGCGUAAAAUCUGAUCUGAUGAUAAGGGCACGUGACUAUGUGCUAUUCCGUUUCUCUCGUACAAAAUAUUUGUAUAGGCCGCAGGUGAUUUAUGCUACCCAGCUACCACCUGAAGAGGCCACCGAGGUGCUAAUGUCAGUUGCCAAAGUAAAUUCGGAAAAGAAGUGGGAGUUACUGUUACCACCGGAUCAUCAAUUUGAACAACGAUACCCGGAUUUGGUGCAGCGACAAGAGAUGGUAUGGCGGGCAACGGAGCAAACCUACAAUGAAAUGGAUCACGAAAAAUCACCAAAACGGGCUCGUAAAAGAUCCCAAAGGGAUUCCAAAACCUAUACGUCUUUAAGUACAGAACACACAAUGAAUACAACAGCGUAGCAAUAAUGGAAAUUUUGUUGGAUUCUGAAUAAAAUUAAGUUAUUAAAAA